UUCCUGUGGAAGAGACAGCACAUGUCAGGCAUUAGACUGAUAUGAUGUGGAAACGGAUAUGAAAUGAACCAAACGUCGUACUGUCUCUUCAGUAGACUGUACUGCAGUUAAAAGUGUUUUUGGAUCGUUCCGCAGACAAAACACUGGAAAAAAAUGUGUUCAAGAAUAUUCAGUUGACAAAACACUCCAGACAACAUGAGUUGUUGAAAAUCAGAUGGGAUCUAGGAGUUUUAUACAGCUUUACCGUGCAUGCCAUUGAAGAGAUAGAGCAUGCAAAAUUUCAAGGUGAAUUCAGGAAGUCUGUUAUGCAUGUGAACGAAAUGCACGAAAUUAUCAGGAUGACCAAAUACUAUACGUGACAUCAUCUCACGUUCUCUAACAGAAUAGUGGCACGCGGACACUCUUCAUCAUCACCGUGACGCACUCACUAGCAACCGCCACACAACACUUACAGUGUGUUGGAGACUACUGCGGGCUUCAAAAAAUUCAGCCAACACGACAUGGAGCAGUUUCCACAGAAAUUUAGUAAAGUGCUGGUGACACCUGACCCGCAGUACAUCCCAGGGUAUGCAGGCUACUGUCCUCAGCUGAAGUAUCAUGUGGGCCAGUCAUAUGGUCGGUUAACAGCAAAGCUCCUGACUUCUCCAGACGUGUCCCGCUCAAAGAGGCUUGUGCUCCAAACCGGCCACUUCCCAUCCACAGAGAAUGACAACGGGCCGCGCGACGAGAUCUGGAGGAGCCGACAUGAAGGAAGGAGGAACCUGGAGAAAAUUAUACCAGGAUACACAGGUUUUGUACCAUUGCGUCAAAACUACUUCUGCAAAACAUAUGCAGAAACGUGUCGAGAGGCGCUAUCAGAAUUUAACCAGAAACAAGAGAGAAGGCUUCGUACAGCCUCUGCUGAUCUGCCUCCUGAUGUCAACAGCAGUGUCCCAGACUUCAAACCUAGAAGGUUGAACACACCUCUGAUAGCCAUAUCUAAAGAUCCUGCACCGUAUAAGGCCCCGGACCCCUGGAAGCCACAAGGCUCUCCGUACCUCAUGGAGGAUAGCAGCCCACAUAAGUAUUUCAUCUCAGGCUUUACUGGCUAUGUCCCCAAAGCCCGGUUCCUCUUCGGGGCUGGAUAUCCCAUCACCACCAACAAGGCACUGAUCCAGUUUGGUAAGGAAAUGAAAGCAGGUCAAACUUCCCUCGGCUUGCCAGAGGAGGAGACCAGCGGCUUGCCUAUGAUCACCACAAUAUACCCCUCCAAAACAGGUCUCCUACCCUCCUACACAGGGCACAUACCAGGAUACAGGUUUCAAUAUGGCCAUACAUUUGGGCAGCUCACUAAUAAUGCUUUGGGGCUGACUGGUACACAGAGGAAGAAAAGUGGGGAAAACAGACUGAACUGAAGACCCAGCUGUGCAACUGAAAACAGUUAUUACACAUAACACAUCUAAGGGCAAAUAAAGGCAUUUGGUCAGCUAAUAAGCAACAUGUUGUAGCUGUUGAGUUUAACCUAAAAUCUUGUUUAUAGUUAUACCAUGGGUCUAUUGAAUGGUUGAUUCUGAUUGGUUGACGGACUUUCUAAAGUGCGCAAUUAUUUUUCAAGUAAACGAACAGCUAUGAAGAAGUUCCAGGCAGGGGCGUAGAUUCUGGGGGGGAUUGGGGUAUGGGGUAACCCCCCCAAUAAUCAAAACAAGCAAUAUUUAUACCAUGAUCAAUGGAAACAUGUAAAUGCUUCACACUGCAACCCCCCAAAUGUUCAAGUCAAAUCUACGCCCUUGGUUCCAGGUCUUGACCGCAUAACGGUUCCAUAUUAUUUCGCCAAAUUAUUUCAGUUAUUUCAAAGAGCCCUACAGGCUACCACAACAAAAUAACCAAUUAAAACAAAGACACUGGUUAAGUACAUCGGAUAAGAAUGACAAACAAUGUCUAUAAUAUCCUAAAUUUAUUUCAAUUUCAAUUGAAAAGCAUCCUUGGGCUCCCUCUCUUUCUUUCUCUCACUCUCUCUUUCGCUCUCGUCUCACCCACCCACACACACACAUUGAGACUCGAGUUGCGACCAACAAAUAGAGCCGCACCCCCCAUGACUUGAUCAAUACAACAGUUUCUAUUAUCCGAAAUAACUUUUAAUAUGUGAAACGUUUUAUGUUUCAGUGUAUUUCACCCUAAUCAGCCUCACAUAGCUAUAGUGGAAAGCACCGCGCUACCCUUCACCCUCUCUUUCGCUCUCACACAAACUCUCUCAGAAGCAAAGUCAGUGCACCCCCACGACUUUGCCAUUGUAAACAGUUGUUUAGCAAUGCAAAAGCUGUACAAAAAUGGUGACAGUCGCUGCAGCUGAGACUUAAACUUACACUUUGUCGAUUUGAAGUGAUGUUAUUCCCUGACGAGAGCCACUUUAAACACAGGUAAUUUCACACACGGUCUCUCUCAGUUUCUCUCUUUUUCUCGCACACACACACACACACACACACAAACAAACUUGUUACUCCAAUGCCAAAAAGCAGCACAUCCACAUCUAAAGUGACGUUUUCAAACUAGCGAUACAGGCUUGAGCUGUAUCAAAGCUAGAUACACUUGAUCAACACAACAGUUUCUAUAUUAUCUGAAAUAUCUGUGAAAAACACCCUCGCGCUCCCCCUCCCCCUCUCUUAAGAUCUCUGAUACACGUGGACACACAUAUGCAUUAUGCACACACUUACUUUCGAACAAAUGCGCACACCUGCAUCUCAGUAGGGUUGAGAACAGUUGUUAAGGUUUAUAUCAGAGAAGUGAUAUACAAAAAUGGUGACACUCGCUGCCUCUGAGAAGUGUAUAAACUUACAUCUUGCCGAUUUUGAAGCGAUGUUACUUCUGACGAGAGCUGCAUCUAAAAAGGUAAUCCCAGAAGCGAUCUCUCUCAGUUUAUGAGUUUCUCUAUUUCGAUCCCUAAAAAACAAACUCAGACACACACACACGCACAAACGCACUACAUUAUUACUCCAGUAAAGCAGCUCAAGCCUCGCUAUCCUCCGUUGCUAGUUCUAAAGUGAUGUUUUCGAACUAGCAACGAUGGCUCGAACUGUAUCAAAGCAAGACACUGAAUCCACGGUGGAAGUAAGUAGUUCCAAUCACAAGAGCGUUUUAGGGACAAAAACCAGAAAAUGUCUUGAGAUAAAAUCCUGAACGAUGCCUUAAGUUAUGGUAACUGUGGUAUAAGCGGAAUAAUUGACUCUGGCCCGUUGAAUUAUUGAAAAUUAAUGCACACCCAAGGUGU